AUGCGAUCAAAUGCUGAUUGGAAAGAGCUGUUGAUAAACAUCUACACCUUUCUCUCGAGUGCCAAAAGCAACCAACAAAAGGAGACGGUGCGAUCAUAUUGCACGAAGGUGCUGAAAUCUGAAAGCUGCUACCGACGCAUCCAAGACGUCUGGAAACAACUGGAUUUAGAAAAGUGUUUGAAUGAUGGCUUAUCACCAAGUGAUGGACAUUUGAAAGCACAAUUGGAGGAUGCGUAUCCGUCAGUUAAUACCAACAACACGCCACAUGGGAGAAACCUUUCUACGAGCUCAAAUUCGUACUUCGAUAAGGGUGAAGAUGCUCUCUUCUGCGAGUGUGUCGCGAUGUUUGCCAGAAUGGGAUUUCCACUCGAGAAAGCAGAUUUGAAAUCCUAUGCGGACGCAUUCCUCCACGCCGAAUCCCUCGACAUUGGUUCUGCUGGCAUUAGCAUGGAUACGGUGGAACGAAUCUACAAAGAGGGAAGAUUGAAAGCCAAGACGAACGUCGAUCCAGUCGAUCCAAAGAGAGCCGCUCAAGCGGACCCAGAAAUCCUGAACGCCCAAUACCAUCAACUCGAUGCAUGGAUUAAAAGCUCUGUCAUGAGAUAA